AAAGAGUGUUGUGUGGAGCUAUUUAAAUACACACAGAAAAGAAAUGUACUAAUCAUAUGUCUGAGGUUAAUAAGUUCAUAGCUAAUAUAUAUAUGUAGAUCCUGCGGUAACAAAUCAUUUUUCCCCAACGAUAUGAUAAAGAAAUUAGAAAAAUGCAUUUGCGAAUAAAGGUGUGUAUUAUUAAUAUGAAAAUUAUCAAUUUACAGAUAAAGGAACUUUAAAAAUCAAUUUUUAGGUGAAUAAAACACAUAAGUCUAACAUGAUAUUUAGUAAAUAAACUUUAAAACAAGAUUUCUGAAUAAUAUUUUUUAUUUAGUGAUUUUAUUGAAAUACAAAGAAUACAUGAUACACUAAAAAUGAAUCCUUGCUACUGUCAAGUUAACAGUGGUAAUUGUAAUAUUUGAGAUUCAAUCCAGAGGACCAGUUUACUCUUUACUCUUAUGAGUUCAAUGUCAAGCUGAGAAACAAGUGGGUUUUGAGAAUUAAUUGUGACAAAAAGUAACAAGAAUGCCUAGGUAAUUUGAAUUCAAUUUAAAUGAAGCUAGCUUAGGGUCAAUGAUCGGAUGUUAAUUGCAGAACUGAACAACUAUUCAAGUGCGAUGAAAUGCGGUCUAGAACUCAGAUCACUCAACUGGAACAACUCACUAUCGUGAUCUUAUUCCCUAUGCGUGUCGGUCUUGAAUCCUAAGCUCUCGCUUGGAACAAGACGCGAAACAAGCUUUAGAUGCGAGAUCUGAUUAGUUCACUUAAUACCCUAAUAUCUACUCUCGCUGAUUAGGGAUACUAAGCUCAUUCAAUAUAGGUCGACUUAUCUCCUAACGGUUAGCUAGAGGAUUAAAUCAUAGAUCCAACAUUAAGUGAUCAGUUCAAUGCAGGCAGUAAGAUCAAUAUAAAUGAAGAUAGUUGAGAUCACUUAUUUGUGUUCAGUUCAUGCGGCUAACACCCUACAACCCUAAGCAAGCUUAGCCUACUACUCAAUCAUAAAGCAGGAUGACACAGGCAAGAUUUCUGAAUAAUACUGCAUAUAAAAUAAGUAAAAAGACAAAGGGUUCAGGGUAAUCUUCUCGUGAGAAUGAGAGAUGGAGCCUUCUCCCUUACAAGUUGCGUAAAAUCCAAAAGAGCAAUCUAGGUUUCUUGUAAAACUCGUGUGUCUUUAAGAAAACGAUAGCCUCCCCCUUUUAUAGGGGGGCGCUGGUGAUAGGAGAAUAAGAGAACGAGAAAGUCGAAACUAGGGCAAACUCCCAGAAUAGGAAGUUUUCUUAAUGAUCGGGAGCAGUCUAAUGCUUGAUCUCUUCGGGAGCAACCCUUGGGUUGUUCUAAAUGACUGUUCCACGCUGAAUCCUUCAAAACAGCAUCUGACUUCCUGAAACUCUCUCCUUUACUCUUUCACCUGUUCCCAACCUAGAAUGAUGUAAAUUAAAUACGAAUUAGGACUGAAAAUGAGCUCAAAAUGCACAUGUAUUGGUAUUAAAAACACCACAUAUCAAUACAUAAGCUUAGAAUCAAACUCCGAAAAAAAAAGAAUACAUAAUACAGUGAUAUGAUGCAGUGCUGGAUGGGACGCACCACGUAGUCAAUUAAGCUCCAGUUUAAAAUUUGCCGGUAACUUUUUUUUCUUUGUUGAUAAUCAAUUUUUUAUUUCAGCAAAAAAAAUAAAUGUCUUACAAAAAUAUAUCAACUUAAUACAAACCGCAUAAAAAAAUACCUAAUAAAGAACUGAGAAGCUCACAAAAACCCUUAUACCAUGAACCACACCGAGACAAUAAGUCUAAAACUUCCUGGAAUUCACCUGAAAAAUAAAAAAUAGUGUAUUUCAACAAAUACUUGGUGAGGCAAACUUUAGGAGCCUGAACAACAUCCACCGACAAUAAACACACGUCAUAGUACAAGUGUAUAACUAAUCCAGUAUAACAAUGAAAAUAACAAAGACCGUGGGAAAAUCCCAGGCCAAUGCUUCCCAAAAUGAACUGCGCUCACCCAAGGUGAGUCAACGCGAUCCAUACCCACAUGUGGUUAUAAUUGGCCACUCCAAUUAAUGUUUGUUCUCAAGUCGCGUUUAGGCUCCCGAUUUUCCCCCUCUGGUGAUCACCACUGCCCAUCAUGGCCCAACAAAGCAUAGUUGAGCAUAAAGAACAUGUCUCCUUAUUUGUAUUGGCACACAUGCUUCAUAACUGCUACUUAUCUCUUAUCUACGUAUGUGCAUUCCCAUCAAACAAUACAAACACUAGCAAACAAUUAGCCUCAAACGUCACACAACCAUAUUAUUUUAGCAACCUAUAGAUAUAUCUAGGUGUUCACAAAACAACAAAUUUUGCAAGUAAAUCGAUAUGUAUAUACAUAUUAUAUAUACGAUAUAGGUUUAACAACAAACAAAUAUGGGUGUAGUUAUGAUAACAUGAAAGCAUGAAUGAUUCACUUGAAUACUUCUCUAUGGCACAAGAAUGAAAGUAGGAGGAAGAGAUCACUACAGUCUUCACUUUAGUCUUAGAUCUGUGAAAGGGAGUAGGAGAAGUAUAACUACAGUUUAAGCCAAUCCACGAACCAGAUCUAUAAUACGUUAGAACAGUAUGCUUUAUUGAAAGAAAUGUAGACCAAAUGCUCGUCUGUGUUCUUAGAACAGUAUGUUUUAUUGAACUAAAAAUUUCAAGGUAGUUUAUAUAUUUUUCUUUAAAAUCAGAAAAUAAUCUAAGUAAAAAUACUAAAUCAUAAACCCUAUACUAUUUAAAUUCUAAAAACUCUAAGCCCCAAGUUCAAAAUCCUAAACCCUAGUUCAAAAGUGUCUGAACCCUAGAACUCCUUUUUGUAAAAAUAAACCCUAAAGACAAAACUCUAAAUUUAGAAAAAAAUGAUUGAUUUAAUAAUUUUGAAAUGAUAUUUUUAACACUAUUAUCUUAAGCAUUUAUAUUUUUUAUAUGAAUGAAAUUAACUAAUACAAAAUAAGAAUAAUAAAGAUUGAAGAAUCAUAUGAAGAAAUUAAAAUUUUAUCAUUAGAUAUUGAAUGGGAAACUAAUGAGAAGGUGCCUUGACUAAUUCAAUGAUAAGGUAUGUUGGCUUGUGAAAAGCACUCACCUCUUACGUAGAAAUGUCUGAAACAGCACCAAAAUAUGGGCCCUCUCAAUUCCCAAACAAAAUAUGAAAAGACAAAUAGUAAUAAACAAUAAAAACUAAAGUCCAAACGCGUAAAAAAAAAUUCCUAUUUCACUCAGAAAAACCAAUUUCUACUUCAAAAUAUCUUGCACUUAUUUAAACUCAUCAUGAGCCUAUGGUUUAGAAAGCAAAUGUUCUGAAACACAGAAAACAAAACAAAACAAAAAAUGGAGCACGAGAUUCCCGUAGGGUUUCGUUUCUAUCCGACGGAAGUUGAGCUGAUUUCGUUCUACUUAAGAUUCCAGCUUAACGGAGGAAAUGCUACCAUUCACAGUCUCAUACCCAUUCUCGAUGUGUUUAGCGUUGAGCCUACUCAGCUUCCAAAUCUUGCGGGAGAGAGGUGUCGAGGAGACGCAGAACAAUGGCUUUUCUUCGUGCCAAGACAAGAGCGGGAAGCUAGAGGAGGAAGACCGAGCAGGACCACUGGUUUAGGAUAUUGGAAAGCAACUGGUUCACCAGGGCCUGUUUUCUCGCCUGAUAAUCGUGUAAUCGGAGUUAAGAAGACGAUGGUUUUCUACAUCGGGAAAGCACCUACGGGGAGAAAGACAAAAUGGAAAAUGAAUGAAUAUAAAGGAAUUGACGAAACAGCCAGUGUAUCUACCAUCCCUAAGUUGAGGCACGAAUUCAGUGUCUGUCGAAUCUACAUAAAAUCCGGAAGCUCGAGAGCCUUUGACAGACGCCCCACGGAAGUUUAUGCCAUAGAGAGAAAGCUUCCUCGAUUUGGAAUUGAGACAUCAUCUCGUGCUACUGCUACACGAAGAACCUCUGAGAUGGUUGAUGGGCUAUCACAACUCCGAGAGAGAAAGCUUCCUAAGAAUAGUGUUGAGACAUCAUCAUAUGAUACAUUCACAACCUCACAGGAAACAUCAAAUUCAGGAGGAGGAGACCAAGUUCAGUUGCCCGUGAAUGCUUCUACUACACAAACCAUUUCAGAGAUGGUUGAUGGGCUAUCACAACCUUUUUGGGAGUGGGAACAACUAAAUUGGUCUUAAACCUAGUACCUUGCAUCUUAUACCUACUCUAUGACCUCUAUUUUUAGUUGAUAAAUAUUCUAGACUAGGGUUGAUCCGUGAUUCAUGCAGUGAACUUAUUUUUAUUAAAUAUUUUAAACACUUGAUUUUAUUUUGAAAUGCUUCAUUAUAUAUUGUAUUUGAAUCAUUAUUUGCGUGAUUUAUUUUCUUUAUUUUAUCA